AAGGCACUUUCUCUGUGCAGAGUAUUACUGGCACUUUCCAUGGGGGCACUUCCACCGCAGGAGUCCGAUUUUUGAAAGAUGCUGAGGGAUGGAAUUCUGCCUCCAGCAGAUGGAGAGGAGACUCAGACCAGCGUGGUCCCUCCCAGCCACCCUCCCUCCGGGAUUAGCUGCCCCCGGCACUGCUCAGGCGUACCCAGCCCGUGCGGUCCCUGCUCGCACAGCACCAGUCGCCUCUCUGGAGCGCGAACGCAGUCACAAGCCCGCCGCCAGCAGAGCCGCGCUGUCCGGGGCAUCCGCGCGCACGGUGUCCGCGGACCUGGGACCUCGAACCCCGGACCGGCGCGAAAGCCACCCGGAACGCUUGCAUUUCUGGAGCGCGGUGACUGUCCUUGAGCGCGGAGGGGCGAGCUCGCCGCCGGAGCGCCGGAGCAAGAGGAGGCGCAGGAGCGGCGGCGGCGGCGGCGCCCGAGCACCCGAGGGGGUCCGAGUCCCGGCAGCCGGCCAGCCCCGCGCCACAAAAGGAGCGCCCCCGCCGCCUGGCACGCCACCUCCCUCCCCAAUGUCCUCGGCCAUCGAGAGGAAGAGCCUGGACCCGUCUGAGGAGCCAGUGGAUGAGGUGCUGCAGAUCCCCCCGUCCCUGCUGACAUGCGGCGGCUGCCAGCAAAACAUCGGGGACCGGUACUUCCUGAAGGCCAUCGACCAGUACUGGCACGAGGACUGCCUCAGCUGUGACCUCUGCGGGUGCCGGCUGGGCGAGGUGGGAAGACGUCUCUACUACAAGCUGGGCCGGAAGCUCUGCCGGAGGGACUAUCUCAGGCUUUUUGGCCAAGAUGGUCUCUGCGCGUCCUGUGACAAGCGGAUCCGGGCCUAUGAGAUGACGAUGCGGGUGAAAGACAAAGUGUAUCACCUGGAAUGUUUCAAAUGCGCUGCCUGUCAGAAGCAUUUCUGUGUGGGCGACAGAUACCUCCUCAUCAACUCCGACAUAGUGUGUGAACAGGACAUCUACGAGUGGACUAAGAUCAAUGGAAUGAUCUAGGCCAGAGUCCCUCAGCAUCUCCCGGGGCGGGGGGUGCGUAUCUCACUGAAGUCACUCUCUCCGUGGGGUCUUCACUCUUGGGCACUCUGGGGAUAUGAGGGUGGGAUGAGGCAUUUCUUAGGGCAUGGUGGAACCUCCCUGGGCACCAAGACCCAGCAUCCGAAUGACAUUAUGCAAGGGACAGGACUUAAAUCUGACAGCCUUUAGGGAGAACUUACGGACAAUGGCCACAGCCUAGCCGUAGUAACUGACACAGUUCAUGAAGGGAAGGAGUGUUGGGGGGCAGGCGGGCGCUUGCCUUCAUCCUAGAACCUCGCAUCUACAGAGAGGGACUUGUGUAAAGACCCCUUAGGACCUUGACCCUUGAAAACUAGAGAUGUGCAAUUGAUUUCUUUUCUUCCUGGUUUUUAUGACAACCCUGCUCCAAUCACUGUCCUCCACACUCAGGAAGGGCAGAGAGGAGAGUGGCCAUCCUUUUUCCUUGGCCACCUUCCCAAGGCCUUCAGCUUAGGACCCAAGGGAAACUGCAUGGAGACACAUUUCAGUUGAGAAUGGAAAUGGCAACUUUUAACCAAACAAUUAUUUAAAGCAACGCUAAUGAAUCGCUGUUUGUAGACACCCUGGUUGGGAGGUGAGGAGUUCCACAGAUUGUUUCUAUACAAAUGUAAAUCUAAAAGCAAAAGUUGUUCAACUAUUUUAUUAUCUUAGAUUAUAUCAAAGUAUUUGUUGUGUGUAGUUAAAAAAAAAAAACUCUAAGGACAAUAAAAAUGACAAACUAAAA